CUUAAUAUUCUAGCGGGCCCUGCAUAUUGGAUCUGAAAUCUGAUUGGUUCAGAUUCUUUGAAAAUAAAAAUAAAAAAAUCGAUCAUGUUGUUUCAAUUGAACGGCGUCUGCAGUCCUGCAUCUGAAGUUUGCGCUGAUACAGCAACAUUUCCCCGCCACAAGCCAACUGGGUCCCAGCCAAUCCGCUGGCUUCGGCUGCUGCACUUUUAUCAGAUGAGUUGCGAGUGUGCAUCAUAGCAACCUCAAGUGAACCAGACGACGCGAUGUACCUGUCGUUGCUGAGCGUUGCUGCCAGCAUUGCUCUUCUCUCAGGACAGCAUGUCACACAAAACCCCACCGACCUCAUUGAGGCAGUGGGCCGCACGGUCAGGUUUGAGUGUUUACACAAUAUAGCGAGCUACAACCAGAUACUGCUGUACCGACAGCGCGGCCUGGGCAUGCAGCUCAUCGGCAACAUGUACUAUGCAACCUCCAACUUUGAGGAUGGCCAGAAGAAUGUGAAGUUCGAGGGGAGCUCUGAAACCGGCAAAACGUGCAAGAUCACCAUCUCCGAGCUGCACCCGAACAUCAGCGGCGUUUAUUACUGUGCAGCUAGUUACCACGGUGUGGUCUAGUGAUACAACAUCAAGUCAUAAACCUUAUCAGACCCCAAGCCCCCCUUUUGCCCCCAUGCUGCCGCAACUCCUCCUGUUGCCAUCAUGCGCCGAGAUCCAGAGCACUAUUACGAUAAGAGGUUCAUCCAGCGGUUGCUUACCAGCCAGACGGUUCAGAAAAGAUCAGUGAAUCAGUCUUGUUUGUUCAUGACAAAAUUGUCAAUGAGACUUUGGAAAGCACCGUGUU